AUGAUGACAGUGGUGGUAGUGACAAUGGGAGAUGGUGACAGUGGGGUGGAUGAUGACAGUGAGGGGGAUGAUGACAGUGAUGGUGUGUCAAACUUGCCUUCUGCAGGACAAAAAUACGAGGUUGUCUUUCCAAAAAAACUUCAUACUCAACACAAGAGAGACUUACAGAACAAGAAUCCAGAUGUGGUGCACUAUGGUGUAGAAAUUGCAGGCAAACCCUUGGUUAUACACCUUAAAAAAACUGAAUAUCUAAUAUCCAAUGCUUACACGGAGACUCAUUACACACCGGAUGGUAUCCCAAUAACAAGCAACCCCAAUAUCAAGGACCACUGCUAUUACCAGGGAUAUGUGAAGAAUGACAGUGAAUCCUGGGCCAGCAUAAGCACUUGCAGUGGGAUUAGUGGGAUUAUCCUGACACGAGGACGUAGGUUCUUGAUUGCGCCUCUAAAGCAGUCUGACACUGAGGAACAUGCUGUUUACCCAUAUGAACCCCGGAAGGAGACACCUAGAACCUGUGGAGUGACCAAUGAAACCUACUCUGAGGACACAUUUAGUAUGGUAGCUCAAUCCAGCAGUAACACAGAGAAACAUGCAUUCCUGCAAUCAAAGAAAUAUGUGGAGCUAUACAUAGUGGCUGAUAACUCCAUGUUCAUAAAGCACAAACAUAACUAUGAAAGCCUCAAAAGGAGAAUAUUUGAAAUUGUAAAUUACGUCAACGUGGUGUACAAGUCCAUAAAUACAUUUGUGGCACUGACCGGGAUUGAGAUCUGGGACAGAAGAGAUGAAUUUCUAGUGGUCUCCAAUUCCUCAAUCAAUCUGAAACAGUUCACAAAGUGGAGGCAAGAAAAGCUCCUGCCAAGGAAAUCACAUGACAAUGCACAGUUCAUCACGAACAUCGAUUUUGACAAAGACAGAGUGGGAGAAGCCUACAUCAAAACCAUGUGCAGUAAUCCCCAUUCUACUGGAGUGAAUCAGGAUCACAGCCCUGAGUCUAUUGCUGUUGGUGCUACACUUGCUCAUGAGAUGGGACAUAAUCUGGGGAUGGAACACGAUGAAACACAUUGCUCCUGCUCUGAUGAAGCUUGUAUCAUGUUUCCUUCACUCAGUUACAACAUUCCACGUAUGUUCAGCACCUGCAGUCACCAGCAUUACCAAAAAUUCAUUUUGGAAAAAAUGCCACUAUGUAUGAAGAACAUGCCACAGAAAGAAGACAUUAAGACACCCCCUAUGUGUGGAAAUAAAUUUACUGAGUCGGGGGAGGACUGUGACUGCGGUACUGUGCAGGAAUGUAACAAUCCGUGCUGUGAAGCUUCCACCUGCAAAUUCAAGCCGGAAGCUCAGUGUGCAGAGGGGGAAUGCUGUGCCAAUUGUCAGAUUAAGAAAGCGGGAAUCGUAUGUCGACCUGCCAAGGAUGACUGUGACCUGGCCGAUAUAUGCGAUGGGGUUACAGCUACUUGUCCCUCUGAUCGCUUGCGAGCCAACGGCUUUUCCUGCAUGAAUGGCCAGGGGUACUGCUUCAAUGGAAAGUGUCCAACCCUACAGAGUCAAUGCUCUGCUCUUUGGGGAUCAGGUGCUUCGGUUAACGAUGAAUGUUUCGACAAUAACAUAAAUGGCAAUAACUAUGGGAAAUGUCAACAGUUUACAGGAAAUUUCAUGAAGUGUGCCUCUAAGUGA